AUGGCUUCGCUUUUCAAGGUCAAAGCGCUAUACGACUUCGAGGCGAAGGAGGAGGACGAUUUGGGCUUUCCAGGCGGUCAAAUAAUCGACGUCACAGAGGUCGUCGACGACAACUGGCUGGAGGGCAAAUACACCGAUACCAGCGGCGAUACGCAAUCGGGUAUCUUUCCUCGUGACUUCGUCGAGAAGUAUGAGCCUGAGGUCCCCGCUCGUCCUUCGAGACCUGCCCGCGCGAAACAAGAAGGAUCACAUGCAACUGUAUCUGCACCCACUCCCGCACCAGUUCCGGCAGCUGAGGCAGAGGCACAGUAYGACGAUCCGCCAGCGGCCCCCUCUCUCAGCAAGCCGCAGCCUCCCCCGGUAGUGAUACCGGCAGAGGUCAGCAAGGAGCCAGAAUCGGUGCGCUCGCCGCCUUCUGCCUCGAGUCAGCAAGCUCCCCCUCCACCUGCUCGUAAUGAUCCUCCGCCUGCACCAACUCCUGCGUCUGCAGAGCCUAUUUCCACGAAGAAGCCCCCUCCAAUCGCCGCCAAAUCCAACGCUUUCCGCGACAGAAUUGCUGCUUUCAACCAAGGUGGUGCAACUCCGCUAGCUCCAAUGGUUCCUGGUGGAAAGCCGCAGUCAAACACAUUCAUCAAAAAGCCGUUUGUCGCGCCUCCACCCAUGGCAAAUUCUUAUGUACCGCCUCCCAAAGUCGAGACGGUUCACAAACCUUAUAUUCGAGAAGAAGACCCCGAGAUCAAGCGUCGACAGGAGGAGGAUCGCGCUGCUGCAGAGUCAGCCGGUCUUACGAGCGAUGUUACUUCUGAGCAACAAGACGAUGGUGAAGAAGCCCCCAAAGCACAGAGCCUGAAAGAGCGAAUUGCACGACUUCAGCAACAGCAGUUGGAGCAAGCUCAGCGGAGGGCCGACGGGAGCGUGCCAAGGAAGGAGAAAAAGGUGCCGCCAACAAAGCAACUCUCGGGCUCGUCAGAACAAGCAGGUAUGAAWGAUGUCGAAGGCGAUGCUGGAAGUCAAGAUUACAUACAGAGCCCCGCGGCGGAACGACAGUCUUUGGACAUCUCGAGAGAGCGUCCACGUGUGCCAUCUGCGCAGCGUUCGAAAGAAUCUCCUCUCUCGCCCAUCACUACUGCGGCCGAGCAAGAACCCAUCAGUGAUGGCAACGAGGCAGACCAUUCUGCUGCUGGCGAGACCACUGAAGACGAUGCCGGCACCAUCGGUCCGGACGAAAGUGACGACAGACAAACACCGCCACCGCCACCGCGUGCCGCAACUGCCCCUAACCAACAGGCAGAUGUAGGUGAUGAAAAGGACCCUGAGGAAGGUGAAGAUGAGGAAGAUGAUAGCGUCGACGAGGAAACUCGUCGACGUUUGGAACUCAGAGAGCGCAUGGCAAAGAUGAGUGGCGGCAUGGGCAUGGCUGGUAUGUUCGGUCCCCCGGGAGGCAUGCCUCUGCCUGGUUCUGUUCCUGCCAGGAGAAAGUCUACCAAGGAUAGGAAGGCAAGCGAAGAGGUCGAUCCGUCCUCGCAGCCUCAGCAGAGAGUUCCCAUGGUCCCCAUACCCGGAAUGCARAGGGUCCAAAGCACGGAAACACAAGUUCAACGGGAGCGCGAAGAUCCGAUGACUGAAGAAGACGACAUCACUGCAUCGCCACCAAGGCGAUCUGUGGGAGAGGACCGACCAUCUGCGCCGCCAGUGCCAAAAGAUUCUCGGCCUUCCUUCGAYCGUGGUGUGCCGCCACCUGUUCCAAACAGCGCCCUGCCAACGCCUCGUCCAGCAGAAACUCGCCCUGUGCCGCCGCCGCCGCCUGCAGUCACCAUGUCUCCCGGCCCAGGGUCCGAAUCAGAUGAUGAGUCGUCGCUACAUCACACAGUUGAGACGCCAGAUGCUCAGACCCCUGGGCCUCUACCCAUAAGGACUGGCACGGGAAUGGCCCCACCGGUACCAGGCACAAGUUCGGAGAACAGACGCAUGUCCUAUUUCGCCAAUGAGCCUAACGCUGGCAUCGCGGAUAAGAGAGCUAGUCGACCUCCACCUCCUGUGCCGGGAAGUCCACUGACGUCUCCACGACCACCGCCGCCUCCACCGCCCGGACUCGGUCCCGGCCGCCAGUCGUUGGAAUUCGCAGAUGACAUCAACGAACGCGGCGAGAGCGAGUAUGAAGGCGACUAUGAUACCGAUAUCGCAUCAAGUGCCAAGCAUAAAGAAGCGCUCAAAUCUCACGCCCGAGAGCUCAGCCUGGAUGAUAGUACUACGGCGGAUGAGGCUUCGCUGGCUUCACCCCGAGCAAAUGUGCCCAGAUCCGUACCUCCGCCGCCACCAUCGUCUCAGGCGCCGCCUCCAAGGCCGCGACAAUCUAUGGACACACCCAGAGCUCCACCUCCAGUCCCUCCAGGAUCUAAUUUAUCGCCUGUUGAGGGUGACGAGGACUACGAUCCAUACAGGUACGAUAGCCGCCGCGCUGCUCCUCCACCUGUCCCUGCUGUUGCUCCCGCUGCAGCGCCCCACACAGCACCGCCAAUUCCUCCGAGAGAUCAGGACGAAGGGCAGGAGAGCUCUGCAGACGAACUCUAUACCGCGACUCCUCCACGCCGAUCAGUAGAGCAACCGCCACCACCUCCUCCUCCUGCGCGAGCGGCGCCAAGAGAAUCUUUGGACAUUCGUCGAUCGGACACCACGGGGCGACGUUCCAUGGAUGCAAGACCCACGGGUGAUAAUGGCCACAUUGCUGCGGAUGUUCCCUUGAGCGUAGACACCCCCUGGUGGACCGCGCCACAGCCUCUGCCACCUAUUCUCCAGGCCCGCAAUGGGGUAGACAUCCUGUCAGAAUGUGAAGAAUCCACAACUUCCAAGCGCGGUGGUAUCACUUAUAUAUCCAAGGAUAUCUACGUCCUGUAUAUCGAUUACAGUCAGACCAUCAUUACAGCUCGUUACGAUGCACGCGAACCUGCAGACAUCAAUCUUGAGCAACGGCAUCUCCCACCGCCUCCUAAACUCCGCCAAGAUCAGCUUGAGAGCUUCUGGCAGAUGUUUGGCAAGAACAUCUCCGACACGGCCAAUCAAGUAGGAAACAGCAAGAAGGAUACUGUUGUUGGGGAUGGCACUCCGGCCGGUUUUGUCGCCGAGCUCAUCAAAUCACAGGAGAAGGCUUUGCAGCCUGUUGGCAAUCGCUCGUAUGGUGCGCUGGUGUACGCGAAUCUAGCCAAUGCCAGCACAAUGCAAUUCGAUGAGAUCAGGCCGGGUGACAUUAUCACGCUGCGCAACGCGAGAUUCGAAGGCACCCACGGAACCAUGAAGCACAAGUACAAGCAGGACUAUGGAAUGCAACAUGUGGCGGUUGUGGAGGAGUGGGAUGGGACGCGAAGAGCAGUCCGUGGGUGGGAACAGGGUAGAGAGGGCUCUGGCAGUAAGAAGAGUGGUGUGCGAAGCGAGAAGUUCCGACUCGGUGACCUGAAGUCUGGGGAAGUGAGAGUCUGGAGGGUGGUAUCUCGAGCUUAUGUUGAUUGGGAACAGUAG